UCUUUCCCAAAGCUUGGACGGAUGGAGGAGGAGGCUGCGAGGAAGAGGAAGAUGCCUUGGGCCCCCCAGGCAGGCCCCGAGCUGAGGACGGAGAGCCCGGAGGACAAAUCCCCCCGGCAGAGCCUGGUGGGAGAGGCUGUUUUGAAGGGCUCCCCGGCGCAGGAAGGCAGCGGGGAGGAAAAGGGCCGGAGAUCCCCCCACAGGAGGGGCUCCAAAGCCAGCCCAGGGUGCUCUGAGGAGGAAAGAGCCAGCCUGUGCCGGGAAGGCGGCCAGAGCUUGAGCCAGAGCUCCAACCUGGUGCUCCCUGAGCAGCCUCCCGGCAGGGAGAAGGCCUUCAGGUGCUUGGAAUGUGGAAAGAGCUUCAGGCAGAGCUUCAACCUGAUCCGACACCAGCACAUCCACAGUGGGGAACUGCCCUACACAUGUGGGGAAUGCGGGAAGAGCUUCAGGGACAGCUUUGACCUGAUCCAACACCAGCACGUCCACACUGGGGAACUGCCCUACACAUGUAGGGAAUGUGGGAAGAGCUUCAGGUACAACUCUACCCUGAUCCGACACCAGCACAUCCACAGCGGGCAACGGCCCUACCCAUGUGGGGAAUGUGGGAAGUGUUUCAGGAACAGCUCCACCCUCCGCACCCACCAGCACAUCCACACUGGGGAAGGGCCCUACACAUGUGGGGAAUGUGGGCAGAGCUUCAGGUACAACUCUACCCUGAUCCAACACCAGCACAUCCACACUGGAGAACGGCCCUACCCGUGUGGGGAAUGUGGGAAGAGCUUCAGGACAAGCACCAACCUCCUCACCCACCAGCGCAUCCACAGCGGGGAACGGCCCUACACUUGUGUGGAAUGUGGGAAGAGCUUCACGGACAAGUCUACCCUGAUCCGACACCAGAGCAUCCACACUGGGGAACGGCCCUACAAGUGCUUGGAAUGUGGGAAGAGGUUUAGGACCAGCUCACAUAUCCUCCUGCACCAGCGGACGCACACGGAUGAGAGGCCCUUCCGCUGCACCGACUGCGGGAAGGGCUUCAGGCAGAACUCCCACCUCGUCACCCACCGGCGCAUCCACAGCGGGGAGAGGCCCUACAAGUGUGGGGAGUGUGGGAAGAGUUUCCCCAGGAACUCUGCCUUGACCUCACACCAACAGACCCACUGGUAAGGGAAGCUGUAUGUGUGCCCUGACUGCAGGAAGAGCUUCAGCUGCUGCUUCCACCCCGAAUGAACCCCGCUGAUGGUGAGGCAACCCCUGAAGUCCAGUGACUGUCAGUCCAUCCCUUUCGACCAGAAAGGGCCAGUCCCUUUUCCCAUGAAACAGGAGCCAGGCCUAAAAGAGUUAACUGAGAUAUCUUGGCCUGCUAAGAAACCCCAAUACCUGUGUUGCUGGAAGAACAUUUUAGGAGCACUGGUUAAUAUGUUCUGUUCUCCUCACUGGACCAAAGGCCUUCAUAUGGAAAGAAUAGGAGUAGCACACACACAGUAAUAAUUUAGGUAAACUAGAUGUUUGAAUAAGAUCUAGAAGGCCCAGAGCUAGGAUUUUGCAAGCUUGAAGAAUUCAGGUCACCUAAUCGAAGAGGUCAAAUUGAGGAAGACGUCCAUGGUGACCACUAGAGGGAUGAAGGCUUGAGGAGAAGACCCCCACAGUAGAAGACUGCGCAUGUCUGGAAAGACUCUGCCCAGAGACCAGCCUGCUUAUUAAUAUGUAUAAUAAAUGAUGUAACCGUGUAUCUAAAGUGUAUAAAAUAGCUUGCUUUUGCACUUUUAAGUUGAGCAAGUUUGUCCAGUGCGAGCUGGCUUGCUCCCAACAUUGAAUGAACAAAUACCUUGCUGCUUAAAGACAAAAUAA